AUGAAAUGCUCAUUGUUUUUGUAUACUGAAGGCGACAGAACCAAAGGUAGGCGACUGAUGAAUUAUUUUCAAGGCAGGCUACGAAAGAUUACAGAUAUGAGAAAUAUCAAAAGCAUCUUGGUGAAAGAACGAGAUUUCAGGAGAGUUCUUCGCUCCUGUGAAUGUGUUGUGUUGAUCGGGACACGCCAAGCUUUAUCCCUCAUUCAAAACAAGCAGCAAGAAAAAGAUGAUGAUUACAUCACAUUUGACGGAAAAGUCAUACAUGAAGAAUUGACAGAAAACCAAGAACUCGUUAAGAACAGACUGAUCAUCAUUCUCUUCACGGAGAGAAGUGAGAAUGACUGGAUCCCGUCAGAUGUUGAUGAAAAUCGAAUUUUUCAUGUAGAAGAUGGAAUUGUUCCUCCCAAUGGGAGUCCCUCCUUAACACAUCUCGAAUAUCGCAUGAAAAAAAUAUUGCUUGGAGAUGACUUCCUGUGCUAA